AUGAAAUGUUCCGCGAAGUCCCCAACUCGAGCUGUAUGUAGUCGGAGGAAUACGUUGAAUUCGCGAAGAAUUCAACAGUUGACCUUGACAGAGAUGCAGCAAUGCAUUUUCAACCCUGCAGUAGGGCAUUCGUGUGGUAAUAAUCCAGGGACUCAUUGGGGUCGGCGUCAGUGGCGAAUGGCGACAGCGCCGAGUGCGGGGCGCCGUGAGACUCCGCCCGCGCGCCUCGUCUGCAUCGCGCUAGCUGUCAAACCGCCUCCGACAGGCACACGACACGAACGUUUCUACAUAUCUGACCAUAUCGCGAUUCGUUUUGUUGUUCACGGU